AUGAUUUCUAAGGAUGUCAUCCAGUCUAUCUUAGGAAACGUAGAAGAUGUUUUGGAUCUAAUAGACGAAAGAUUAGACCAAUUUCUAUUUCAUCGCGUGUAUUUCGAUCGAACGCCAGUAUGUUAUCGAUUCCUUUUUACAUGUUCUAAUCCUUGUCUCGAUUGGAGAGAUAUAUGUGAUCUAGAAUGGGAUUGUAAUGAGGGAGAAGACGAACGCCAUUGUGAACAUUUAGAAAUAAACACGUGUAAUAAUAUUACAGAAUAUCGUUGUAGAAAUUCAUUGUGUAUUGAUCGUCAAUUUCUCUUAGAUGGUCAACCAGAUUGUUUGGAUGCAACUGAUGAACAGAAUAGUGUUAUAUCUAAAACGCAGGAUAAUUACUUAUUAUGUAAUUCAUUUGCAAAUAGAUUCUAUCCAUAUGAAACAAAAUCUUAUUUGAUGUACAAUGAGAGUGGUCCAUGUAAAUGUUAUGCAUAUUUUCCUACUAACCGCACAGACGAAUGUAUUGACACCAUCAAAUGUGCUAUUUUUGAUGAAAAUUAUGAAUGUAUUAUUAAAUAUAAUCGAACGUUCUCUUACUUAAUUAAUCAAUGUUUUUCUGCCGAUAAAAGACAUCUAUAUUCUAAAUCUUAUUUUUUAUCACCGAUUGUUAAAACAUAUUAUCUACAUGAACAAUUUCUUACUGAUGAUUUCACUGAAAUCUAUCGACCGGGUCUUAUCUGCUUGGAGGGGAAAUUUAAAUGUAGAGGAAUUGAAAUUCGAUACUACAAUAAUGAUAAAUAUUGUUUUAAUUAUUCUGAUAUUUAUGAGAACAAUACGUAUCCAUUUUUACCAUUUGAAUUUCUAUUUUGUCAAAAUCAAACGCAUAAUCAUCCGUCCUAUUGCAAUGAUACGAAGAAUUUCUACAUAUGUCCUGUGUCUGGUGAAUGUAUUUCAAAUUAUCGCCUACACGAUGGUUUUACCGAUUGUAUCGAUGGUUCCGAUGAAAGAUAUACGUCGCACAACAAUUUGGAUUCAUAUUUUACUCGAGAUCGAUUUCAUUGCGAAAUAAAUACUGAACAAACAAUCAUGUUCUAUUUUGUCGGUAAGAAAUGUGGUGAUCCCAAAUUUUUCUCUCACUGUAAUGUAUUGAAAGAAAAUUUUACCUUAAAAGUUUUAGUACCAUUUGACCAUCUCUGUAAUUCGAUAUGGGAUUUUCGAAACGGUUUAGAUGAAAUCGAUUGUCUAGAAUGGAUUUGUGAAACAGACUGGUAUAAAUCAAGUUCGCGCUUAGAUUCUACUAACAGAUGGACUGGUAAUUGUGUACACAGGAAGUCGUUUAAAGAUAAACAAUUUGAUUUUCCAGAUGGAAGUGAUGAAAUUUGCACAGUCAAACAAAUGAGGUUAAAAAAAUGUAACAACUGCUCACAUCCACAUCACCCAUUGCUGAAAUGUUCUGAUGUAACGACGAUAAACAAUGAACUGCCAUGUACAAUAUUUGCUAACGAUGUGAUCGAGUGUUUAGGUGGUAUUGAUGAACGAAUGACGUAUGCUUGCUCAGAUGGCCUUCCAUUGGAUAAUCGUUUUCUUUGUCAACAUGAUUUGAAGUGUAUUGAACAAAUAUAUUUGUGUGAUAAUAUUCGACAUUGCUCAAAUGGUGAAGAUGAAUCUUUUGAAUUAUGUGGCACCAAUAACUGUGGACAAGGUGAAUUCGAUUGCCAAGAAAAUUCAACGAGAUGUAUUCCCAAUACAUGGAGAUGUGAUAAUGAAAAUGAUUGCAUAGAAAAUGAACGAGAUGAAAAAUUAUGUAUUGUGAAAAGAGUUAACAAAAACUAUAAGUCAAUACGGGAACCAUUAAUAGUUGAACCCAAACCUCGUUCUGUAUUAAAGUUACGUUCAAAUCAUCAAUCAUUGAAAAAAGUAAAAGAAAAAUAUGAUAUUAAACACGCGAAUGAGUUUAUCCACAAAUGUAAUUCGGGUGUACCGGUAAUGCGUUUGAACGAAGAAAAAUGUCUAUGUCCGGCACAUGUUCAUGGUGAUUUAUGUCAAUAUUAUUCACAUCAUUUAACAGUUGUAUUUGAAUUGAAUAUUACUUCCAGUAAGAAUCAACUACAACAACUAACUCCAGUUGUUAAAAUUGGAAUUUUAUUGAACUACAAAGAUAAGAUAAAUGAUCAUCUUUUUUUAACACGAAAUAUUCUUAAUCGAAAUACAGUAUAUAGAAAAAAUCGUUUGUAUCUAAAUUAUCCAUUUAAACAAGUAGAUAAAGUUUAUGACGAGGCAUUCUUCAACAAUUAUAAAGUUCAAUUUCUAUUAUACAAUCUAUAUGAAAGGAAUGUUUCAUUAUUUGCGGUAUGGCAAUACAAUAUCAAAUUUCCGUUUCUACCGGCAUAUCGAUUAGCCACAGUAUUGAAUCUCGACCUAAAAUACCAAAAUAAAAAAAUAUGUGCACAACAUGCAUGCAGCAUACAUGGUCAAUGCUAUGUAAUACAAAACAAUGAAAGUUUGUAUUAUUGUUCAUGUGAUUAUGGAUAUAGCGGUCAAUUCUGUAAUGAAACGCAUGAUCAAUGUAAUAAUUGUACAAAUAAUAGUUUAUGUUUACCAACUUAUUCUAAUCAAUAUUUUUAUUGCGUCUGUCCGCUUUAUCAGUUUGGUUUAACAUGCCAUUUAGAAGUAGAACAGUGUGAUGAGUAUCUGUGUGAGAACAAUGGUACAUGUUUAACAUGGAUAGAUGAAUAUCAUCAAGAAAAAAUUUCUUGUUUGUGUCAUGCAGAAUAUUUUGGUCAAUAUUGUGAAGACGUGGCUGUCUCUUUAUCAUUAAUAUUGGAAGAUGACGGCGGGGAUGAUUUAAUAAAAAUAUUGCAAAUGAUGGAUACGCUUAACAAUGGACUAUUGAUUGUUAGUCAACAAAUAUUGAAUAAUUUAAAAUUAGUAGAUAAUAAUACUUAUCUCAUCAAUUAUGGUAAAUCUACACUGUCAGAAAUUGUUCUUUUGAAAACAUAUUCUAUGAAUCAACAACAAGCAAAUAUGUACUUAGUAUAUUAUAACCUUAAUAUGAAGCCACUUACAAUCAUUAACAACAAAACAAAGUGUUCAAAUACAAAUGAAUUAAAUUUAAUACCAAAUUCAUAUACAUUUAUUAAUGAUAUAUUCACCGUGUUAAAAAAAUACCAACGACCAUGUCAAAUUCCAAACCAAAUCUCAUGUUUUUAUGAUCUGAAUAUAUCGUAUCUCUGCUUCUGUGAUCCGAAAGCGUUACGUGCAGAUUGUUACUAUUAUGAUUUUGAUUAUGAUAAAUGUUCUUAUUGUUUGAACAAUGGACGUUGUUAUCGAGGCGAAAAAGAUAAUUCAAAUGAUUUUCUUUGUAAGUGUUUGAAAUGUCAAUAUGGAGAAAUAUGUGAAUAUUCCACAGAAAAUUUUGCAUUUUCGUUACAAACAUUACUAUUAUCUUUUUCGAGUGAAGAAAAUGUCUCAAGAAAUAAAGGUAAAGACCUACUUGUUUAUUCUAAGAAAAUCUUAUGA